AUGGCACUUCGGCUACCAGCUUCUAAAGCAGCUGAAGUUGCGAUUGGAUCAAUUGGCUGCGGUUAUGAUUUAGCUAUUGAUGUACGGUUGAAGUAUUGCAAAGGAGGCUCUAAAGAUUCACGAUUACUUGACAUUUCUGAUGGUGAUGGCAAUUGCGAGAUUCUCUUACCUGGUGGAAUCUCCAUCCCAAAUGUUUCAAAGUCUAUCAAAUGCGAUAAAGGCGAGCGCAUGCGCUUUAGGUCUGAUGUUCUCUCUUUCCAACAGAUGGCAGAGCAGUUCAACCAGGAACUAUCUUUGGCUGGUAAAAUCCCGUCAGGUCUCUUCAAUGCCAUGUUUGAAUUCUCGAGCUGCUGGCAGAAAGAUGCAGCCUAUACCAAAAACCUUGCUUUUGAUGGGAUAUUCAUCUCAUUAUACACUGUUGCUUUGGACAAAUCUCAAAUGUUACUCCGCGACCAUGUUAAGCAGGCUGUUCCAUCAUCAUGGGACCCUGCUGCUCUCGCAAGGUUUAUUGAUACUUAUGGGACGCAUAUAAUUGUUGGUGUCAAGAUGGGAGGGAAAGAUGUGAUUUAUGCAAAACAGCAACACUCCUCGAAACUUCAACCUGAUGAUUUGCAGAAAAGGUUAAAAGAGGUGGCAGAUAAGAGGUUUGUGGAAGCUAGCGGAACGCAUAAUAUGGCUUCAGAAAGAAUUUCAAGUAGUAAGGUGGAAACAAAGGAGCAGCGCUUGAGAUUUGCAGAUACCAGUUCACUGGGCUCUUAUGCAAAUAAGGAGGACAUUGUCUUCAUGUGCAAAAGGCGAGGUGGAAAUGAUAACAGAAACCUAAUGCAUAAUGAAUGGCUGCAAACAGUCCAGAUGGAGCCUGACGUUAUUUCGAUGUCUUUUAUUCCAAUUACAUCUUUACUUAAUGGAGUUCCAGGAAGUGGAUUCUUGAGCCACGCCAUAAAUCUGUAUCUAAGAUAUAAGCCACCAAUUGAAGAGCUACAUCAGUUUCUAGAGUUUCAGCUACCAAGGCAGUGGGCUCCAGUAUUUAGUGAACUUCCUCUUGGUCCGCAACGGAAGCAACAAAGUUGUCCGUCUCUGCAAUUCAGUUUCUUCGGACCUAAGCUAUUCGUGAAUACCACGCCGGUUGAUGUUGGUAAGAGGCCAAUCACUGGCAUGCGGCUCUAUCUGGAGGGUAGAAGAAGUAACCGUUUGGCAAUUCAUUUGCAGCACCUUUCCUCUCUUCCCAAAAUAUACCAGCUCGAAGAUGAUUCAAACAGAAAUAUCCGACAAGAGUCUCAUGAUCAUCGAUACUUUGAGAAAGUAAACUGGAAAAACUACUCCCACGUCUGUACAGCACCUAUCGAAUCAGAAGAUGAUCUUUCAGUAGUAACAGGUGCGCAGCUUUAUGUAGAGAGCCACGGAUUCAAGAAUGUGCUCUUCUUGUGCCUUUGUUUCUCAAGAGUUGUGGGAGCGACACUAGUAAAGAAUUCUGAAUGGGAUGAAGCGGUAGGCUUUGCUCCGAAAUCGGGGCUCAUCUCAACGCUGAUAAGCCACCACUUCACUGCGGCACAAAAACCGCCACCACGACCUGCAGAUGUGAAUAUAAAUUCGGCUAUCUAUCCUGGCGGGCCACCAGUACCCGUGCAAGCUCCCAAACUUUUGAAAUUUGUGGAUACAAGUGAGAUGACAAGGGGGCCACAAGAAUCACCCGGGUACUGGGUUGUAUCGGGUGCAAGGUUACUGGUGGAGAAAGGCAAAAUCUCGUUGAAGGUGAAGUAUUCCCUAUUGACUGCGAUAUUGGGAGAUGAAGUGAUAGAGGAACCCUAUGAAGGUUGA